UUUUUUAUAAAUGAUUACAUUUUAUUUUUAGAUGGAAUGAAUUUUAAUUUGCAUCAAAAUCUAAAUACGACUGUUAAUCUGCCACAACAUGGCCCUUUUGUUCCUCGUCACCCUGCUCCGUUUGUUCCUCGUGAAUCUGCUCCAUUUGUUCCGCACCCAUCUGCUCCGUUUGUUCCGCGCCCAUCUGCUCCGUUUGUUCCGCGCCCAUCUGCUCCGUUUGUUCCGCGCCCAUCUGCUCCGUUUGUUCCGCGCCCAUCUGCUCCGUUUGUUCCGCGCCCAUCUGCUCCGUUUGUUCCGCGCCCAUCUGCUCCGUUUGUUCCUCGUCAACCUGCUCCAUUUGUUCCACGUCAACACGUUCCAUUCGUUCCGCAUCGACCUGGUCAGUUUAGUCAAAACAUUGAAUAUAUCCUAUAUUUAUAG